GAAAAGCUCGUACAAGGACUCCCGACAUUGCAGUACAUAUGUCCAUGCUCGUAUACAAUAGACGACUCGGCUUGGCAAGAUGCAUAGACGCAUAGAGAUUGAUCCACCAGGCAGCGAUUUCAUGGGUGUAUAAAAUAGACCAGCUCAGCCAGUUCCUCUUGCAAAGUAAACCGACACCUCAACUUAGUCCUACAAAAUGGUCAACAUCAGAUCAUCCCUCACGACUCUUCUCGCAGUCGCUUUCCUCGCAGCAGCUGCUCCUGCAUCAUUCGAACCACAAUCAAACCUCCCCGCCAACCCUCUCGAGAAACGUGCUGCAGACUGCAGAGAUGACAACUUUGGUAUCUGGAAAAGAGGCAAAGUACACAAAACCCACGCUGGAAAUGCAUCACUUGUACAACCACUGACAUGGAUGACUCACAGUCUUCAGAUGCAGUAAUAUGCAUCGACGAAUUCGCCGCACUGGGCAGCCAAGCAUGCGUAGGCACCGUGUCUGGCACUUUGUUCAAGAAAUGCGGAAACACCAUUAUUCGGGGACAAAACAAUUGUCGUCCUUUUGAUCAAUUGACGGCAACCGCGACUUGCCAGGAAGCUGCACGUGGUGCUGGUCUAAUCAUGGAUAAGUGUUCCAGGGGAGAUGGUACCGUGAUGGGACAGAAUAAUGCUUGGGCUAGCAGAUGUCUUUCGAUUAUGAUUCUUGGAGAAAAAAGCCUGUAUGGG